GACCAUCAUUCAAAGAAAACCCACGUGACAUUUCUGCCUAAUAUCUUUCCUUUGUUAUCUCUUCCAGUUAUAACGGAUCACCGCAUUGAGAUUAGUCAUUUACAUUUACCUUAUUCCUCUCUUCCCUCCCGUUCCAUUCUCUCUUUGACUUAUGCGUGGGAUUUUACUUCACCCCGAUUCAUCUUCUGUGAGAUUGGAUUUGAUCUGCUCAUCUGUAAACAUUGAUUUGGAUAACUAAAAUGAGAACAACCUUUCACACAUCUACAGCCGCACACAGAAACUUCGUACAGAGGUCUUAAGAUGUCCGCCUCGACUACCGCGUCCGCCGUCUCCUCGGUGCCUAUCAUUUCGUCUUCCUCAGUCCCAGUUAUCUCUUCCUCUUCAACCACCACUUCUACCGUCUUCUCGACACCGACUAUUCCUUCUUCCUCCAUCACAGUCAUCUCAUCUCCUCCAUCUUCAAUCUCAAUUAUCUCUUCCUCUUCAAACCCAACCCCCUCAUCCUCACCAUCACCUUCACUCUCACAAACCUCAAUCUCUUCAUCCUCAACCACUCCCAUACCUCCAGCUCAUCACACAGCUUCUCAAACUCUCUCCCCAUCCCACAUAUCAGCAGACCCAUCUUCUCUCUUACAAAGCGCAACUCCAAUUUCCAUUCCUCCGCCUACCAGUACUUCUAUUUCUCUCCUCACCCAACUCCAAGAAGCUCUCGACUUCACCUCCACCCUCCUCGGUCUCUUCUUCGUCUCUCUCCUCAGCCUCCUCCUCAUCUACUGGAGCACCCUCUACAUCCUACGCAAAACCGUCGGUAUAACUCCCCGCGACACAUCCCCCCUAAACCAACUCCAACUCCAAACCCAAACCAAAGCCAAACCACCCACCAAGCCCAGCAAUCCCCAAUCCCAAGUUCCACUGCCCCCAAAGAAAGAAGUAGGAUUUGCCCCCCACCCCUCCGACGCCGAAUUCGUGCUCUCGGGCCAAAAAGCCAAAGAAAUCAAACGUCGACUAUCCGCCAUCCCGCAAUCGCCCACUUCCCCCCUAUCCACAUCCUCUCCAUAAACCUUAUUCCCCGACCCUCAACCCUGGCCAAAAGACGGGGUAAAUUUCGUAGAUCUAACAUCUGCACCCGAAUCCGAAAAAGAGAAAGUGGAGCCGAGAGCUCCAGCUACGGAUCUCGAGGGGUUAAGCGAGACAGCGGGGAAGAAGAAAGAGAAUGAGUUGACGGAGACGGAUUUGGAGUUUCAGAGGGGCGUGAGGGAUGUGAGUGGGGAUACGGAUGCGAUUGAGAGGAGAGGAGGGAGGAGUUAUGGGACCUUGUGAUUAGAUGGGAAAGAGGACGGUGCGAUGAAUGUAAAAGAAUGGAAAUGAAAGGAAAUGGGAACAAUGAGACUUUUAGGGUGCAAUGCGAAAGACGAGAAAGACCAAGACCCUCCUCGCUCACUUAUUCACCCUGGUGAUGAAUAUCAGAAACCACACA